AUGAUUGUAGGAGAAAAGCUCGACAUUGUGAGACCACAAUUACAAGUGGUCAAGUUUAUCGAGCCCCAGCCAAAGACCAAGAUUGGCAUACCAAGUGGACUUGGGGGGCAUGAAGGGUCGGCCAAAGUGAUAGCCAGAAGUCAUCUGAGUUGUACUAGUCAUCCUAGUACUUCAACACAUGGCCAACAAAAUGGCAAGAUCCGAUUCGAGAAUAAGAAGGGCUCCAAGCUUGGAGUAAAACAUGGUUGGCAAGAUCCGAUUCGAGAAUAA